AUGGAUAAUGUAGAGGCAUCAUCCUCUAGUGGAAAGAUCAACACCGAGACGGAAACGAAGGAGGAGGAAGAAAAGAAAAAGAUGAAGAAGGAAUCAGUGUCUUUGAUGGGUUUGUUUAGCGCAGCAGAUAGAGUUGAUUGCUUUCUGAUGUUCCUAGGUGGUGUAGGUGCGUGUGUUCAUGGCUGUACGCUUCCGCUCUUCUUCGUGUUCUUCGGGACAAUGCUUGAUUCUCUCGGCAAUCUUUCUACUGAUACUAAAGCCAUAUCUUCCCGCGUUUCACAGAAUGCUCUGUAUUUGGUCUACUUAGGACUGGUAAAUUUGGUAUCAGCCUGGAUUGGAGUUGCUUGUUGGAUGCAAACAGGGGAAAGACAAACAGCAAGAUUGCGUGUAGAUUAUCUAAAAUCAAUCUUAGCAAAAGACAUAACUUUCUUCGACACAGAAGCUAGAGAUUCAAAUAUCAUUUUCCACAUCUCAAGUGACGCCAUCUUGGUUCAAGAUGCGAUUGGCGAUAAGACAGGUCAUGUUUUGCGAUACCUAUGCCAGUUCAUCGCCGGAUUUGUCAUUGGUUUUCUUUCCGUAUGGCAACUUACGCUGCUCACGUUAGCAGUUGUCCCGUUGAUAGCAAUAGCUGGAGGAGGGUAUUCAAUAAUCAUGUCAACAAUCUCAGAAAAGAGUGAAGCUGCUUAUGCUGAUGCUGGAAAAGUCGCUGAAGAGGUUAUGUCACAAGUGAGAACAGUGUAUGCAUUUGUAGGAGAAGAGAAAGCUGUAAAUUCUUACUCAGAUUCUCUCAAGAAAACUCUGAAACUUGGUAAAAGGAGCGGUCUUGCUAAAGGUUUAGGAGUUGGAUUAACAUAUAGCCUCUUGUUCUGUACUUGGGCUUUGCUUUUGUGGUACGCAAGUCUUCUUGUACGCCACGGCAAAACUAAUGGUGCAAAAGCUUUCACUACGAUCCUUAAUGUCAUUUACAGCGGAUUCGCGUUAGGUCAAGCCGUGCCUAGCUUAUCCGCGAUUUCCAAAGGCAGAGUUGCUGCUGCCAAUAUAUUCAGAAUGAUAGGGAACAACGAUCUUGAUAGUUUUGAAAGAUUAGACGUUGGAACAAUAUUGCAAAACGUAACUGGGAGGAUUGAGUUUCAAUGA